CCAAAAAAAAAAGUGAAUAAAGAUCAUUUAACCCCUCCCCUAUUAAAAGUUUGAAUCAAAAGUUUCAAUAAAAAUAAACAUAUAUAGUAUCGCCGCAUGCGGAAAUGUCCGAGUUAUAAAAAUAUAUCGUUAAACGGCACGGUCAAUGGCGUGCGCGCGAAAAAAUUCCAAAGUCCAAAAUAGUGCAUUUUUGGUCACUUUUUAUAUCAUGAAAAAAAUGAAUAAAAAGCAAUCAAUAAGUCCUAUCAAUGCAAAAAUGGUACCGUUAAAAACUUCAGAUCACGGCGCAAAAAAUGAGCCCUCAUACCGUCCCAUACACAGAAAAAUAAAGUUAUAGGGGUCAGAAAUGACAAUUUUAAACGUAUUAAUUUUCCUGCAUGUAGUUAUGAUUUUUUCCAGAAGUAUGACAAAAUCAAACCUAUAUAAGUAGGGUAUUCAUUUUAAUCAUAUGGACCUACAGAAUAAAGAUAAGGUGUCAUUUUUACUGAAAAAUUUACUACGUAGAAACGGAAGCCCUCAAAAGUUACAAAACGGCGUUUUUUUUUUUUUUUCAAUUUUGUCUCACAAUGAUUUGUGAUUUUUCCGUUUCACCGUAGAUUUUGGGGCAAAAGGACUGAUGUCAUUACAAAGUAGAAUUGGUGGCGCAAAAAAUAAACCCGCAUAUGGAUUUUUAGGUGCAAAAUUGAAAGAGUUAUGAUUUUUUAAAGGCAAGGAGCAAAAAACGAUAAUGCAAAAAUGGAAAAAAAAACAGUCCUUAAGGGGUUAAUACUCCCUUUUUUAUAUUUUUUGGAUGACAUUUUGGUGGCUUCAGAACCAAUUACCAGGUUUCCAUAGAGUUAUGGUCUCAACAUACAAUGGUUUCAACAUACAACGGUCAUCCUGGAAACACAAAUGGUUCACAUUACUAUUUUCCAAUAUGUCUCACAUAUAUAUCAAUCUGUCAAAAUGGGAUGCUGGUGUAUAUACUGCUCAUAGAGGCACCAUUGACUUUACUGGCUUGUAUUUAGUUAUCUUGUGUGUACUUGGCAAUAUCCGACGGCUCUCACACAGAUGAAAUGGAUCUGCUGACAUUAGACUCGUGUCCCCACAGGGGUCCCGUCAGUCAGACCUCUACAGAUACUUCCAUCCUGUGGAUAGGCGACGACGACGACAAACAAUGGGGCUGUAGCUGUCCAUACUCCUAUAUCACGCAUCCCACUGUGACAGAUAAUUAAUUGCCUCAUCCUGAAAACUUAUAUCAAUUGACAGAUAGAUGGUUUUCGUAUGAACAUUCUUUUGUGCCAUCCCCUGUGGGCUGCCCCUCACAUAGUGAUACGUCUAAUACAUAGAGGAUAAGCACAAGAAAUAAAUGAUUAUACAAUGCUGAUGUUUCAGUCAUGUCCGCUACCGUCACAGGUUGCCUUGACAUGUGUCGGGACAGCCAAGCGACACACCAGGUUUCCCGCCCGUCACAAGCAACUGACGGCAGAGCACGAGCCAGCACGAGCCACAAACAAAAUAAAACAACCGCACUCCCAACUAAUCAUCCUUCCCGGCCGUGGUCCCGCCCACGCCACGCGCCUCCUCCAAUCACAGCUCCACAAUCCCAUAACAAGCGUUCGGGGAAGGCGGCAACAACUGGUACAACUCAUUAGCCUAUCAGCCCCGCCCCCCUCACUGCCUAUACCGCCGAAGGAUUUAUGGAAAUGUAUAACUGACAGCCACUUGAGCCAAUUAGCAUAGCAAGGGGGCGGGGCCGGCGAGGUAGGUGAGGUGUAAUGAGGCUCGGUGUAAUCAGUGUCAUGUCGGACCCGAACACGGCGCAACAAAAUGGCGGUGGAUUCUUAACGUUGUUGUCGAAACCGGAGUCUGGGGUUCCAUAUUUCCACAGCAGAACGACAGUGGUGAAAAUUUCGUAGUGCGAGUGGUACAGCCAAAUCCAAUUGAAAACAAUGGGAGGCUGCUGAACCAUAUUCUCCGCAGUGGAACUCCGGAGCUGAAUUCAGCUUGGGACAUACGUAGUGUGAAUGAGCCCUAAGGAAUCUAUUAAGUGGGAGCAAAGAAUCAAAUGGACAUCUAAGAGACAAGCUGCCUUUAUUGUGAAAGAAAUGAAAGCUGUUUUCCCAGAUCAACGUAUUCUUGUUCCCUCAAAUUUUUAAACCAGAAUUUCACUGCUGAGAAACAGAUUUUGUUUUAUGACAUGGAUUUACUGUGUUCCAGCUGUUCCUUUUGAUGUAAGUCCUUCUGAUGGGUUUCUGCUCUGAAGAUGGAUGUGUAUGAGCUGUUGUCGACUGCAACAUAGGAUGCGUUUGGUUAUUGGCUGGAUGUUUACAGUGGUGUACGGAUGACCUCUAUGGGCAGCACCUGGCUUUUGGAUACAGUUCUUUAACCAUGGUAAAGCUUGCGAACCCUCUGUACACGGAAUGGAUUUUGGAAGCCAUACAAAAGGUAAAGAGGCAAAAGCAACGUCCAUCGGAGGAACGGAUUUGUCACGCAGUGUGCGUUUCUCAUGGGCUUGAUAAAAGACUUGUGCUUGAGCAGCUGGAGCUUAGUGUACAGGAUGGAUCAGUCCUAAAAGUUCUUAAUAAAGGUGUGGCCUCAUUUAAGGACCCAGAAAACCCUGGACGCUUUACAAGCACCACUCCUACUCCUUUGCAUAAAUUACUUAAAGGGCAAAGGAUAGUGAGCACUGACCUGCGAAGUGUGGAUUGGAAUAAACUACUUCGUAGGGCGGUAGAAGGACUUCAGGAAUCUAAUGGUUCAUCAUUGAAGAAUAUAGAGAAGUUUUUGCGUAGCCAGAGUGAUCUGACUGGAAUUGUUGCAAACCCUAUUUUCCAAAGACGCUUACGUCUUGCAGCUAAAAGGGCUGUUAACAAUGGGAGGCUGCUAAAAGAUGGUCCACAAUAUAGGAUUAACUAUGGAGGAUUGGAAGGCAAAGGUUCCUCCAGAUAUUGCAGUUCUUCUGCCUCCUUACUCCUGCCAGUCUGCCUUCUCCCUCAUGAAAAGGACCAGCCUCGAGCGGAUCCCAUUCCCAUCUGUAGUUUUUGUCUUGGGACCAAGGAAUCCAAUCGAGAAAAAAAGCCAGAAGAACUGAUAUCGUGUGCAGACUGUGGUAGUAGCGGUCAUCCAUCGUGUCUAAAGUUUUGCCCAGAGCUCACAUCCAAUGUAAAAGCUUUAAGGUGGCAGUGCAUUGAAUGCAAAACCUGCAGUGCCUGUAGGAUUCAGGGGAAGAAUGCAGAUAAUAUGCUUUUUUGUGAUUCUUGCGAUAGAGGAUUUCACAUGGAAUGCUGUGACCCACCACUUGCACGAAUGCCAAAAGGUAUGUGGAUUUGUCAAGUCUGCCAGCCAAAAAAGAAGGGGCGUAAGAUUCUUCAAGAAAAAGCUGCUCAGAUCAAGAGGCGAUAUGCGAAACCAAUGGGUCGACCAAAAAACAAACUAAAACAACGAAUGUUGUGUAUGUCCAAUGAAGAGGCUCCUCUGAAUUCUUUCCCAGGAAGGGGGCCAUCUGGUAGGAGUCAAAAAACUAAAAUGUGUACCACCACACUACCAUCUGGUCAUGCUGCAUCUGUGAAGGACCCCAUCUGCAGCCUUGCUGCCACUGAGCGCACUCGUCCUGGCCCCCAUUCCAUCAGCUCCACCUUCACCUCCACUUGCUCCCCCCUCAAAGUUAACAAGAAAACCAAAGGGCUAAUUGAUGGCCUAACUAAGUUUUUUACUCCAUCACCUGAGGGACGCAGAUUUCGCAGGCGAAUUGUAGACUUUUCUUUGCACUGCCGACCUAGGAAAAAACUUAAUGACACGGGUGCUAAACACAAGCUAAACUGUCCCUCUCAGCCUUCACAACCUGCUCCUUCUCCUCUUUCACAUAUCACCUCCAUGUCAGGCUACAGCCCAGGCUCACAGAAAUCCAGCAAUUCUACCACAUCUAAUUCACCACAGAGUUCAUCAAGCCACUCUAGUGCCCCUUCCCUUAGAAGCCUCCCCAGUAACAGCCAACUGAAAGGGCUCUUUGAUGGACUGUCCCACAUCUAUGCCACCCAGGGCCAGCCACGCCAAAAAAGCCAUCCAAACUAUGCACCUCCAAAACGCAUUCGUCGCAAAGGCAGACUCUUCCCAUCAACCCACUACUUUGCCAAGAGGGAAACUAGGAGUAGACUCCUCCUCCCACACUCUAACCAGUCUGGCUGGGCAGUAUCCCGAGGUUGCACUUUAAAAGCAUUUGCUCAAUUCAAGUGUUCAUCAUUUCUUAUAAAACACAGGACGCUAGGCAGGUUAAAGUAUAAAGCAGGAACCAUAGGGGCAAGAGACAUGACAUCAGAAAAGAUCACUCUGGCAGACAGCAAGACUAAACCUACCCAGGAUGAUGAUACUGACCUGAAGAAGAGUAUCAAACAAGAGAUAUGGGAUAUAUUUUGUGUUCCAAAAAGGCCAGACUAUGUCACCCAGGAAGAUGUCGACACAUUUAGACAGGCUCGUGAGCUCUCUUUUGAGAGAAUAGGAUGCAAAGCUUCGGGUGACCACACUGGCCGAUAUCCAUCAGUCAUUGAAUUUGGAAAAUUUGAAAUUCAGACAUGGUACUCCUCGCCUUACCCACAGGAAUAUGCAAGUAGAUUACCUAAGCUUUACCUGUGUGAGUUCUGUCUGAAGUAUAUGAAAAGUAAGAAUAUCCUUUUAAGACACUUAAAGAAGUGUGGCUGGUUCCACCCUCCUGCCAAUGAAAUCUACAGAAAAGAUGACCUGUCUGUAUUUGAAGUGGAUGGGAACAUCAGCAAAAUUUAUUGCCAAAACUUGUGCUUGUUGGCCAAGCUUUUCCUGGAUCACAAAACACUCUAUUAUGAUGUCGAGCCUUUCCUUUUCUAUGUCCUCACCAAAAAUGACAAGAAGGGAUGUCAUUUGGUUGGAUACUUCUCAAAGGAGAAACUUUGCCAGCAGAAGUACAAUGUGUCAUGUAUUAUGAUACUGCCUCAAUACCAGCGGCAGGGAUUUGGAAGGUUCCUUAUUGACUUUAGUUAUUUGUUAUCUCGGUGUGAGGGACAAGCAGGCUCUCCGGAGAAACCCUUAUCAGACUUGGGACGCUUAUCCUAUCUGGCUUACUGGAAGAGUGUCAUCAUAGAUUAUCUGUCUACUCAUCAUGAGAAGCAGAUAAGCGUGAAAGGUCUAAGUCAGGCAACAGGAAUGUGCCCUCAUGACAUUGCCACUACAUUGCAACAUCUCAACAUGAUAGACAAAAAAGGAGAUAGCUUUGUUAUUAUCCGACGGGGAAAACUCAUGGAAAGCUACAUGUCUAAAGUAAAGUCUCGGCCUCGGGUAAAUGAGGUGGAUCCAGAUUGUCUCAGGUGGAUACCAAUCAUCUCUCCAAAUACUGCUGUGUCUGAAGAAGAACAGGAGGUGGAAAAAGAGAUGGAACUUCCAGAACAGGGCGAAUGUAAAGAGAGCAAAUAUCAGCACUUAAGCUCCUCCGAAACAGACCGAAAACAAUCUCCAUCCAAGGAAGAUGCUACUGUGGAUGCCACAUAUGCGAUCCUUACAAGCCCUACCUCACUAAUACCUGCGGAUUUACACCUCAAAGAGAAAAGUAAAGAAAGCAGUGGGGAGGAACCUGAAGAACAGUACCCUGAAUCCACCCCUCCAAUACUGACCAAACCCCAAACUCCAAUGAAGAAAAAGAAGGCAUUUACACUAAGGAGAAGACGUGGACGAAAACGCCGGAGACUAAAUAGCAGCGUUACUACAGAAACAAUCUCUGAGACCACUGAAGUCCUAAAUGAGCCGUUUGAGGAUUCUGACAAAGACCACACUGAACAGGAAAAUAACAUGGACCAAAAAAGUGAUGACGGAAGAGGCACUGAAGAGGAACAUACAGCUAGCAGAACAGCAGAGUUACCAUGCAGGAAAGAGGGGUCUAAUACAAAUCAUGUAGGAGAAGUUUCUCCAGAGAACAUUGAUAACCAUAAUACUCAAGAAAACACACUAGCACCAGCUCCAAGGAAGCAGGGCUGGCCGAAAGGAUUAAAGAGAGGACCAUCUAAGAGAAGACGUAGUGUGGAUAGGAAGUCUGGAUUUAAACUCAACUUGUAUACUCCUCCAGAGACUCCAAUGGAACCAGACUAUCAGGCUCAGACUGAAGAAACAAAAGUUGAAGAGGAAAAGGAUGAAGAUGAAGAGAAAAGGGACCUACAUCAGGAUGAAGUUGUGCAGACCACUGAAGAAAUGCAAACUCAUGUUGAUGAAACUGAAAAGUCUGUGGUAGAGCUACCAAGUCCAAGUCCAUGUAGCCCCAACCUGGAAGAGGAAGAAAAGAAAGAAGAUAAUAUAAAAUGUGAAGAAAGUGAACAAGACAAAGUAGCUGAGCCAGAGCAGGAUCCUGAGGAGGACACAGAUAUCAGCCCAAAACAGGAGGAGAAAGAUGUGCAAGAAGAAUUUGAGAAGUCUGACAAGGAUUUGGAGAAAGAGAAAAACUCAGUGACCGAACAAGUCGGGGAGCUUGCACUGCCCGAUGAUGAGGAAGAAGAUGAAGACCAGUCUCACAAUGAAGAUCAUGAUGCAGAUGAUGAAGAUGAAAGCCAUCUUGAUACCUCAAAGAAGGAGGUACCUGAACAACCAUUUCAUGAGACUUUAGGGGAUCAGGCGAGUUUUUUAGAAUUGGGUAUAGAAAAUAAUACAUCUCAGCCUGAUAUUUUAAGCAACAACUGUGAUGAAAUAAUUGAAGUAAAGCAACCCACACAGCCAGCAAAUGACCAACCAACUGAAACAGAGGAGCAAGCCAUUGUUCCAUGUGAAACAAACCAAGCAGAAUUAGUUUCAGAACUAACUGGUGAUGCUGGGGAUGGAUUGGACAUUGAUUCAGAAACUGCACAAGCUGUUCAGUCACUAACCCGUGAAAGCGAAGAACAAGAGGAAGCCUAUAGAAACUGUUCUGAAACACAGGAAGCAUGUCAUAAUCUUCAAAGUUAUACCCAAAGCCCAUCGAUGGUUGCUACAGAAGACUGCCAUCAGUCUGAACAUAGCAGCCCAGUGUCCUCUGUUAACUCACUUCCCAGUCAGUCUGUCAGGUCUGCAAACAGCCCCAGUGCACCCUCUCUGGAAAGUAACUAUGCCCAGAUCAGCCCUGAGCAGACAGCCAUUUCUGUUCCUUCAUUACACAAUAUUGAAACUAGUCCCAUGAUGGAUGUAUCAUCUGUUUCUGAUCAUUCACAGCAGGUUGUGGAUAGUGGGUUCAGUGACUUGGGUAGUAUUGAGAGUACUACAGAGAACUAUGAUAACCCGAGCAGUUAUGACUCAAACAUUGGAGCUGGCACUUUACCCUCUCAAAAUAGCUGUUCAUUCAGUGGAGGUAUGACCUCCACUAACUUGACAAAAAGUAGUUGUGCGAUAACGCAACAGAUGUCUGCUAUGAACAAUAGUUGCAGUAUGAUUGGGUCUCCACCUCCCCAGCCACCUUGCAAUGUCAAGUCCCCACAGGCGUGUUCAGUGGAGAGACCUUCCAGUAAUGGUCAACAACAGCAGCUUGCCCCUUGUGGUAUGGCAGGCACUGGUUUUGCUUUGCCAGACAUUCCUGAAACUGGAGGUGGUGGACUUGGGGGGCUGUAUGAUAGAAUCGGACAAGGAGAUUUUGGGGCUGGCCACUAUCCUCAACCCUCUGCUACAUUCAGCCUUGCCAAACUUCAACAAUUGACAAACACCUUAAUGGAUCACUCCCUGCCUUAUAGUCAUGCACAGGCCGUAACAUCCUAUGCAAAUGGUGCCUCUCUUUCUUCUUCUCUAAGCAACAUGGUGCAGCUCACACAGUCGCCACAUUCGGUUACUCCACAAUCUCAAACCACAAUGACCCCUCCUACAAAACUCACACCACCAAUGAAUUUACCACCACCUCUCCUUCAGCGGACCAUGUCUAGUGGACAGAUGGGUCUUUCUCACAGUCAAAGACUGCAGACACAGAUUGGAGGGAAAACUCAUAUGUCCAUGCGGACCAAAGUAUCUGCAUUGCCUCCAGGGGCUCCAUCUGGGCCCCAUCCCUCGCAACUAUAUGGUCAUGGACCUCCUCCACAGGCUGUGACCAUGCAACCUCCCUCCCGUUCUCUCGCCAUUCAGCGUGGAAUGAACAUGGGUGUCAACCUGAUGCCAGCUCCUGCUUACAAUGUGAACCCAGUAAAUACACUAAAUCCCAUGAGUGGUUAUCGGAUGUCUCAGUCGAUGAUGAAUAGUGGGUACCACACCAACCAUGGAUACAUGAACCAGAGCCCUCAGUACCCAAUGCAAAUGAGCAUGAUGGGUAGCCAGCCUUAUGCGCAGCAGUCAAUGCAGACAAGCCCUCACAGUAACAUGAUGUACUCCAGCCCUGGGCAUCAUGGUUAUAUGAACACACCAAUGCCCAAACAGUCUCUCAAUGGAGCAUAUAUGAGGCGGUGAGUUUUCCUUGCAGAUACCAGCAUCCCUACACCCUCAUCCCUUACUGCAGCUGUUGCAUAAUUGAAUUUUGAAAACAGAAUCAAAUGCAGACAUUAAAUGGCCAUCGAAGGACACAGACUCUGUCUCUCGUUAUUGGCUCACUUUUUCUCAUGACCCUUCUCCAAUUUGACCUCACAUUACUUGUCUACUAGUUUAAUAUUUAUAUAUGUUCACCUUCUUCAGCACCAGUUCUGGUAACACCUAAGUACAUUUAUCUUUCACUGCACUGAAGGGGAUAACCAUCCAUUUGGAUUUUUUUUUUUUUUUUUUUGUAACAUAUACUUUUAUUAAAAGAUUACUAUUUGUUCAAGGAAUUUAAUCAUUUUUUAUUUCUGUCUUUUCCCUAUAUAUUGACUAAGAGCACUUCCUUAAUGCCACUGACUUUCUCUAAGUGACCUUCUUAAUUAUUAUUUUAGCAGUCUUCUUAAUAUUUAAUCCUUUCAUAACAUGUUCUGCCAAGCUGAAUAAUUGAGAACGGAGACAUCAUAGUAAAACUUUUUGGGCAUCACUUAAUCGGUGGUAGAUCACUAUGCAAUAUGUAAUAUAUCACAUGUAAUCGCUGCCAAUAUUCGCUUUAAAUUUCAUGAAUACGUGUUGUUUCAACUGCUUGUGGUCCUGAGAUUUGAAAAUUUGGAACCCCAAGUUCAUGUGCUCCUAGUAAUUUUAUUAGGGAUUAAAUGUGAUAUUGUACUUGCUUUGAAGGAACACUUCUUAUACUGUGUUAUGUCUAUAGCAGGCCUGUGGUGGCACCAAGCAGAAGCCCUGGCAUAACACAGUAUUUAUACCCAGAAAAUAAUCAUCUUACAUCUUAUGUUUUCCCCUAGAGGAACCUCAUUCUGUCUUGUACUGAGUAUCUUAGGACUCUUUAGCAGUACUGUUACUGUCAUUAAAAACAACUUUUUACAUGUCGAUCAGUCAUUUCAAAUUGUUGAUCGCAGCGGGUCUCAGGAGAUUUGUGAGUUAUUAGCUGGGUAAAGGGGCUGCAUUGCACUCCACUUCACAGCUGCUCGAGAGAUCAGUACAUUUCUCUCCAUAAAAGUCUAUGCUGGGAAAUUGAUCUCUCGGCUGGUCAGGGAGCAGAGCGCAAUGCAGUCUGCUUUCCCAUCUCAUAAUACACAGUCGCAGUGGGUCUCGGAGUAAGACCUGGUGCAAUAAACCACUUUUGAUUGAUAGUCUUUAAUUACUAACAUUUUAAGGCCCCCCCCCCCCCCCCCCCAUACUUAUAUUGACUGAACUCACUGACUUUAGCUGGACCAGGUCUCCAUUUAAUAUUUAUUGUAGAUGAUGUCAGAGGAAAGGAUUGGGCGAUUUGAAUUUUAACUGCCCUCUGUUGUUCAGAAGGGAAAGGGACAGUGGCUUACCAUAACCCCCCCUCCCCUUCCCCUCUCCAAAAGCUAAGCUUUUAGGUGUACACAGGCAUGAGGAGAGAUUGCUGUUGGACAUAAAGUGUUUGGCCAUAAGAUAUGUGUGUAGCCAACUUUACUCUUCAGACAAUGAAACUACGUGCCUGCAAUAUGAGUGUUUUUUGCUUUCCAAUCUCUUAAGUCAAAUCUAGUGGAAAAACUUUUUACAGAAUUAGUUGAAAGUUGUCUAAACUUUGCAGGAUUGGUUGACUAGUGUGUAUGGGGUUUUCUGUACUUCUGGGAGGGAUAGCCGUCAGCCAAGUAACAUUAAAAAAGAACAUUGUCUAAGAAAGAUAUGAAAGGGGUUAUCCAGCACACUUAAGUGGCCCGGCUGUGUGAUAACAGAUCAUGGUAACUGGUUCCCACUGAAUUUUGCUUCCUGAAGCUGCAGACUAUACAACACAUUGCCCCUCAGCCAAUCAGUGGCACAGCAGUGUCUCGUCUCAGCCAGUGAUUGGCUAAGCGCCAAUGUGACAUAUUGUUUGCAGCUUUGGGAAUUGAAGUUCAGUGGAGAUCAGCCACCGUGAUACCAGAGACUGUGGGGGAACUAUGGAGACAAGGUUUUUUUUUUUUUUUUAUGUUAAUUAUUUAAAUAUUUAAAACAAGUAUAGAUGUUUUUUGCUUUGUCAUCGAUUGGUCAGGUCGUUUUGUAAUGCUUAAAAAUGUUCGACUGUCGCCCCCACACAUAUCCCUGUGUAAUAGGGGGAUCCAGUGAAAUAGGCCAGCUGAGUCUUGUGAAGGCUAUGUAAACCAGUGCCUAUAACUGGGAUCAGCGUUUGUUUACAGACUGGCUCAG